GACGGAUGGUCGUCGACCGUCACGACCGUGCAUUGUUUUCAGUUUUUAUUCGCGCUCGCUUCGAAGUUGCCGUGAUCCGGAGCGCCAUGCCGCACCUCGCGCCGAUCUAAACAAAGCCUUGUGUUUUGUAUAAAGUUUGUUGUUAUACUCUGAACCAGUGAAGUGCAGUGAGUGACCAUGGCUCGUUUGACUGAGGAGAUGGUGAUAGCGCGUUCCAAACAGUCGGAUUUAUCGUCUAUAAAGAAGUUGAACUGCUGGGGCGCAGAGCUAGGUGACGUCAGUCUACUGCGGCGGAUGCCAAACGUUGAGGUGCUAGCCUUCAGCAUAAACAAGAUCCGCAGCCUACAGGACUUCGCCGGCUGCCGACUGCUGCGAGAACUGUACGUCCGCAAGAACGAGAUCAAAGACUUGCGGGAGAUCAGACAUCUUAGACACCUUACAGCCCUCACGUCAUUGUGGCUAGAUGAGAACCCCUGCACACACCACCCACAAUAUCGACUAACAGUGCUCCGUAACCUGCCGCGGCUAGAAAAGCUCGAUAAUGUCGUCGUGCAACAAGAAGAGUUGGAGGAGGCGCAGCGCCGAGGCUCGCUUAUUGAUUCAGAUGAUGAAGGGUAUCCACAACAACAGGAAGCUUACGCGGAAAGCGUGCGGAGCAGCGGCAGCGCGCGGCGCGCCACCCGCGCGCGCUCCAGCGACUCCAGUCCCGAGCGGGACGAGUACCACAAGCACGAACCCGAGUACCGGGACCACAGGCCGGAGCCCGAGUACCGGGACCAUCAUAGCAGGCCAGAGCAGGAGGCUUAUCGGGACCAGAGAAACGAGCAAACAGCGGGCAGCGACAGCUCGGAGGGCGCGGCGCCCGAGCCCGAGCCCCGGCCCGACCGCCAGGACCAGCAGUGUCCGCUCUCCCCCACGCGGCGUGCGGCGGCGUCGGCGCAGCGCGCGCGCGCCUCGCCCGACGACGAGCGCCUCGACCACCCCGCCGCCAUGACUAGGUCACAGUACGAUCCGCGCUGGGCGCGCGAGCGCGAGCGCGAGGCGCCGCUGCGGCACUCCGUCUCCGCGCACAGCGUCAAGGAGUACGCGUAUGCGAUGAACGGGGAGUGCCGGCUCGGCGUGACGUCCCCGCACGAACCGUACUGCGAGCGAGGCGAUAACAGAUCAGAAUACACACCCAGCACCGUAGGUCGAGGCGACUGGGAGCGUGAGCGAGACAGGGAGCCCCCGCGCGAGCGAGACGCACAUAGCGCGGGAUUCCCCUCCGCCGUCAUGGGGGAACAUCGCGGCUUCACCCGCCGACCCGUCACAAGGAACUCGAACCUGCUGUCGGCCGUGCUGUGCCUGGUGAAGGAGCUGGACUACCCGUCCCUGGAGGUCGCCGAGAUGGCCGUCAGAUGCCGCAUGGACGAGCUCGCCAACACACAGUGACCCGCCCCUCCCGACGCCGCUCCACACACACACUCACACGCGGUCUAGUUCUAGUCACAGCGAUACUAUCACCAUUCACCAAGGGCUAGUACUCGUACAAAAGCCAUCUGAUAUAUCGAAGCGGCCGAGGUGCUCAAAAAUACUGAACACGCACUUUAAUGCCUUGACAAUACAGGCUUUGUUCAGAUAUUGUGAACAUUGCAGCUGCUCCAAUAUAUCUGAUAGCGAUUGUACAGUAAGGGCCCCGACUUAAGUACCCACCUCACUUUACAAGCUAUAUAGACAAGCGGAUACUUAAAUUAGGGCACCGGCUGUGCGUAACUACACACACUAAACUCAGUUUCUAUACCCCAGACACAAAAGUGGCAGGUCGAUAUGUCAUACGUACAAAUAUUCCGCUAGCUGAAGCACAACAAUGUCGUCAUAUUCACGAAUAUUUGACAUUUAUAUUAUAGACAAAUGAUCACUUAGAUUCAAUAAAAUCUGGGAUAUAGAAACAGCGCAGGCCGCGCUAGCAGCCGCUGUGAGUGCUGUGACUGUGACUGUGACUAGACCAGACUAGUCCGUCAUAAGAAACACGGACUAGUGUCACUACAAAGUGCAGUGGUGAAUAAAAUGCAGAAAAGACUGCAAUUAUUGUAGGCGUGAAGUAGGUUGUGAUCUACAAUAUCUACAUGUAUCUUUUAAACAAGACUAACAACAAAAUUGGUGUAUAGUGAAUAAUAAAACCUGGGCUACAAUAGAACUAUGUUAAAUAAUUACUAAUCAAAAUGUGAGAAGCAACAUAGAUUGCCCGGCCGAAGUCUCGGUUUUAACCAAAAACUCAUAAAGCUUUUGGCCGCGUCGAAAGUGUAUUUUCGGCAAUGCCCGACCGAAACUUGGGUUUCGGUUUCGGCAAGUUUCUGGAUAAAAAUCAGGUCGGCCGAAACUAUAGCAAAACCGAACCUUCGGUUUCAGCAAAAAAACCGGACACUUUCGGUCCGACACUACCGCAAAUACAUCUGCAAUUCCGUUCUGAAUGUCUAUGGCUCUGCGGGGCAUAGCGUUGGAGCCCAAAAUAAUCUGCAUAAAUGAUGUUUUGCUUGAAAAUAAAGUUAAAUACAACCAAUGCAGGUAAUUUUAGGCUGACUGUACUUAUGUUUGGGUAUGUACCCAAUAUCUAGAAACAAAACUAGCGCAAAUAACGUGGAUGGAAGUAUCUAUGUGUGUGCGUCAAUACAUUCCUAAUUUCCUACCAUCAGGUAGUGUUGGUCACUACUCGAGUCCUUUGAAUCCUCCUUUUAGAGAAUCGACUAUGUUUAUCAGACUUACAAUAAUUAAGUCGAAACUCGAGUUAUUUUUAAGUUUCCACAGAGACCACAAAUUUACAAAAAAAAAAUAGUCUGUGUAAAUUCAUAGGUUAAGUACACCAUACAAAAAUGCUUAUUUUAUUUACUGCUACUGCUAAUACCCACAAAAUUCUUGACAGUCUUCUUUAGGAGGUCCGAGUCCUUUUAGUUGCGCUUAAAAAAGACUUAAUUAAGGAAUCGACUCGGAAGAAUAUUUUAAAGACAAAGUGUUAGCGCAGUUUCUUAAAAACAAGUCGAGUUCUACAGUGAGAAGCAAUAGUUGCUGAGCGGGCGAGGUGUUCAAAAUGAUCUUGACGCGACUUUAUUGUUAAGAGAAUAAGAGCGUGUGAAAGUAAUAUUGAGCACCUCGCCCGCUAAGCAACUAUUGCUGUUGACUGUAGAAAAAAGACUCGAGUUACCAAUACUACCAUCGUGAACUAUAAACUGCUCAAUCGUAAGCCUUAUUGCGAAGAGAUAAGAUCUAUCAAUUGUCAGUUAAUUGUGUCAUUUGUUUCUCUGUUAGUAUAAUAUAAUAAUUAUAUUAUAAUACAAGUUGAUAUAUGAAACAGAAAGACGCACACAUUGAAAAACUUCAUUUGUUUAGCUGAAGCUUGUUUGCGCUAGUAGUUUUAUUUUUAAUUUACCUGAGAGGAGGUAAUAAUGUAAAAAGUUAAUAAUGUACGUAUUUAGGUACAUUAUAGAUUAUAAUGAAGUUCAAAUCUCAUAUUUCUAUGCAAUAAAUAAUUGCAAACGCACUUUUUAAAAUUGGCUCGUAAUUUUUACCUUGUAAUCUAAAUUCCUAAUUAAUUUCCGCUGGAGUGACGAAGCCCUUAAAGACCUGUCCGCCCUCAGAAUACCCAACUGGCGGGAAGUGGCGCAGAAUAGGGCAGAGUGGCGCUCUCUGGUGUCAGAAAGAUCCUUUUUGGGUCGCUGAGCACUGAGCCAGUGAAGUAAGUAAGUAAUCUAAAUUCCUACAUUUCGCGGUAACAAUAUUAUAUAACAACAUGAAAUAUAAUAUUGCUUUUAAAAAAGUUUUCUUGUUUAAUUAUGGAUUUUGAGUAAAGGUAAACCAAUCAAAACCACCAACUUAAGUUUGACGACGAGCAAUGUUUUGUUGUUAAUAUGGUCAGCAUUAGGUAAUAGUAGUAUGUAGAGUAUGUAGACCACGCGCUUAAAGUAUUAACCAUUCUCUAACAUCAUGUUAGGAAAAGAGAUAUGGCUCUACAUAUAUGUAUGUAAAACAAUUAAAAAAUAGCAGGAUAGCGGAUGGUUUUGGCGCGUAGUAUUAUCCUCUACUAUUAGUGCUAUUAUUGCAAAGACCAAUGGUUAGUUACCUACAUUAACAAUAUGGACACUUAGACAGUCGCCUAUAAUAAUGUUACCCUUCGAAGGCCGCAAAACUAUGUGACAAGCUUUUAUGGCUUUUACAAAUAAGAUCGUGUGAGAUAUUUUUGCGUCCUUCGUUGUGUAAUAUUAUUGCGGGUGACCGGACGACGUACAGUCAACGUCAAAGACAUGUUUACAUUUUUCGCCUUAUUACAACAGAGUACCUAAAAGGUGCAAAAGUGUAAACAAUGUACCUCUUGCGUCAACUGUACCUGCCCAUCUUAGACAAACAUGGAUUUAAUGUUAUGAAUUUUACCUGUUGAUUUGAAUUUUUAUAUGCGUGUUGUUACGCCUUGUAUAGCAUGAGUUGUUUUCUAAUGUAUAUAAUAGUUUACAUAGGAGUUAUUUUAAUGUUUUUAUAUUAUUUUAUUAUUCAUCGACACCGAUGUAAUGUAAUGUAAUGUAACACAGUGGGUACUUACAAAAUUGUCAUUCCUACAUUUUGUGUUAAUUCAAUUUCUGACAAAAAUGUGUAAAACCUCGUUUUUAUAUUCCAAAUACUGAAAUUACAGUUUGACUUCCCCGACUUGUCUAACCAUUCUGUCAUUUUAGUACAAAGUUUUAGUACAAAGUUGACAUUAAAACAGUAGGAUUGAGAAGUAGAUUGGCCAAUUAUCCUGUAUUGUAUUUUUUGUAUUUGGGAAGUAAAAACAACGUGACCUGUCUUAAAAUUGUCAUGUGAGCAGUAGCAGUGGACGGACAGCCAAUAAAGAUAUUGCAAAUGAGUAUCCAAUUUUAUUAACUAUACAAAACAAAUCAAAUCUAAAAGGUAUAGUCAGCAGCUGAGGUAGUUAGCCGGCGAAGUGAUCAAAUUGAUCUGAACUGUGUCAAAUGUGUUGUUAGAAGUUGUUAGAAGGAUAAGAAUGUGUGCAGAUCAUUUUUGACAGCCGUAAGCUGAUGCUGACUGUAGUAGACUAGCUUACCAGACCAGAGCUGUGCCCGGGUUUCAAUUAAAUUACUUUUGUAGGCCAGUGGCGCCCGUGUCAAUAUACGAAUACCC